UAAAUUUUUCAGUUUCAACAACCUGCCGUGAUUGAUGCUGGAUAAACCCCGCCCCCUGAGGGUGGCGCGAAUAAAUCGGUGGCCCAUUCCCUCCGGCCGGGGCCGCCGCUUUCUAGGCUGAGAACUUCCCUAAAGCCCGGAGGGAGGAGCCGGAGCGGGACCCGCCGUCCUCGCAGAGCCGCGCAUGCUCCGUCUCCCAGCGCGCGGCGCGGGCUGCAGGGAACAGUGUCCGCUUCCUCGCGAGGCUCGGCCUCUGGGGCCCGCUGGCGGCGGCGGCCUAGGGAGGCGCGGCGGCCGGUGGGCAGGUUCACUGAUGCUGAAGUACUAUGAGCUUUCAGAGCUUCUGGAGAGACUACAAAGUUCUGGUUGUUAUGGUACCUUUAAUUGGGCUCAUACAUUUGGGGUGGCACAGAAUCAAAAGCAGCCCUGUUUUCCAAGUACCUAGCAAGGACAACGUUCCUGAGCCAGAUAGUCUGGCACUUGCAAGUCUUCAGAAGGACCACAUCCAAAAGAAGUAGCAGGAUUGCAUUCUUCAGGUAAGUUGAUUUAAUCUGUAACCAAAUAGUGUGUUCCUGCAAAAUGGUAUGUUCCAACAAUGGGAAACCUUAUCUUUUAAAACGUAUAGAAUUCUGACAAAAAGAGCCGAAAUUGGUAAGUUACCUGUUGAUUUUAUUAUCCACAGUCAAAAUAUUAUUCUGUAGUUGCUUCUAGAAAAGUUUCUUCCACAGAGACUUGCUACUUACCUAGCAGAUCCAUUUGGAUGAAAAGAGAAAGGACAUUCAGUCCAUUACUUGUCCUGUCCUUUUCGCUAGCAGUGUCACCAAGAUCUUGAAUGUAUACAAAAGAGCAGUUGACUCCUUUCCAUAAAUCCAUUCCAGAGCAUGCAAAUCUGUAACUUGCAAAAGGUUCUUUUCUUUAUUAUUAUCCUGUUUUUUCCAAAACAAAACUAAUUGUAUUCAUUCCUUAGUAUCUAAUGUUUUAGCUUCAAAAUAAUUUGUUAUUUUUGAGAGUCACCAACACUUUCAAUGAUUUCUUUCUUUCUCAUUUUAUAAAGAUAUUAGUAGCCAGAAGAUGUGGGGAGGAUUAGUUGUAGGACAUCAAAACUGAAAAUCACUGAUUGAUAGGGUAAAACUACAGAAAAUUAGCUCUGACUGUAGCCAGAUAUUUAAAACAUGGUUUGUUCUUUGAUUCAGUGUGCUGUAAAACUUCUACAGCUAAACAUCAACUAUACAUUGGAGUCUCUGCAGUAGGAAUACUAACAGUUACCUUGUUUUCAUAGGUAUUAAUAAGCAGGAUUUGAUAUAAAUGUACUUCUUUUGAGACCUAAGGUUUCCAAGCAAACCAAAGUAAUAAGGAAAAACCCUCACAUUAGAUCUUGAUAUAACAAUAAGAACACUUGGGACUUCUUUAGAACUCAGACCAAGUUCUAUGAGUUUUGUAAUGUAGCAUUUCUCUUCUAGAAGCAUAUCAUAUUCAAGUAACUGUACUGUGAGCUUUCUAGCUGUGUUGUUGUGCCUUCCAAAAUCAUUGAAAUGUCAGCACUUUUUCUUGUAGGGAUUCAUUGAAGAAUAAAGGAAUGAAUGUUUAGUCUAAGUUGAUUUACAUUUCUCAUUUUCUUGAGGCUGUGCCAGUUAGUAGUUUCUUUCUCUAAAGAGGGAGCAGAGCAUUAAAAUAAAUUAUUAAACUGCAGUCUAUAAGAUGUUUUGGAAUUAUUUCUCUAAAAUGUUUUAUUUUUAUUUCCUAUAGAAAGAAGCAGCUUUGAAUCUGAGCUUGAUAUUGAAAGAAGAAAUGAAAAACACCAGUUGGAUUAGAAAGAACUGGCUUCUUGUAGCUGGGGUUUCUUUCAUAGGUGUCCAUCUUGGAACAUACUUUAUACAGAGGGCUGCAAAACAGUCUGUAAAAUCUCAGUCUGGAGACAAACAAAAGAGUAUCAGAGAAUGAAGUAAAAUUAAAAUUUGGAAUUACUAAUAUGUCAUUAAAUCAUUACAUGCUGAUUAGCUUCAUAAACAUGAAGCUAUUUAAUUUUAUAACCACAAUGCUGCGUAUUCAGACUGUCAUUCCUGAAGAAUACUUUUUUAAAAUGUUAAAUAGAAAACUAUGGUUAACAAAAUAAAAGCUAUCUUCACAAAUUACCACCUGAAGUGAGAUGUCUCGUUUGGAAGCUAAAAAGCCAUCACUGUGUAAAAGUGAACCACUGACAAGUGAGAGAGUCAGGGCCACCCUUUCUGUCUUGAAAGGAAUCAUAACCUCAUGCUAUGGCCCUUCUGGGAGGCUAAAGCAACUACACAACAGCCUUGGAGGCUCUGUGUGCACAACCUCACAGUCGUCAGCCCUGCUCGCCAACCUUUCCGUCACUCACCCCAUUUUAAAGAUCCUAACAACUUCCGUGCAGAAUCAUGUUUCGUGCUUCAGUGAUUGUGGUUUGUUCACAGCCAUUCUUUGCUGCAACCUGAUUGAAAAUGUUCAGAGACUAGACUUGACACCCACCACUGUCAUUAAAUUAAAUAAGCAACUUUUGAGCCUCUGCACCAGUUACCUCAAGUCUGAGGUCUGUGGUUGUCGAAUCCCAGUUGACUUUAGUAGUACUCAGACCCUCCUUUGUUUGGUAUGCAGUAUAUUAACAAGUAAGCCUGCCUGUAUGCUCACCAGAAAGGAAAUAGACCACAUCAGUACUCUGAUUCUGAGAGCCUUUUUGCUUACAAUUCCAGAAAACACUGAAGACCACAUCAUUUUAGGAAGGAGUAUAAUUGUACCUUUAAAGGGUCAAAGAGUUCUAGACUCUACUGUGUUGCCUGGCAUACUUAUUGAAAUGUCAGAAGUUCAGCUGAGGAAGAUACUGCCUAUCAAAAAAUCAGAUUCCCUCAAGGUGGCACUCUUUUGUGUGUCUUUAUCUGGAGACCUUUCUGAUACUGGAGAAGGAACUGUGGUGGUCAAUUAUGGGGUUUCUCUUGAAAAUGCAGUUCUGGACCCGUUGCUUAACCUAGGAAGGCAGCUAGUUAGUGAUCACAUAGAUCUUGUCUUGUGCCAAAAAGUUAUACACCCAUCUCUGAAACAGCUUCUCAGCAUGCAUCGUGUUAUUGCCAUAGACAGAGUUGGAGUGGCUCUGAUGGAACCCUUGAGUAAAGUGACAGGAACACAGCCUAUUGGUUCUCUCAGCUCAAUCUCUCCUAGUAGUUAUGGAAGUGUGAAGGAUUGGUCCACUGCAAAAUUUGGCUCCAAGUGGUUUUUUCAUCUCAUUCCAAAUGAAGCAACUGUCUGCAGCUUGCUUCUCUGCAACAGAAAUGACACUGUCUGGGAUGAGCUGAAGCUCACAUGUCAGACAGCACUGCAUGUUUUGCAGUUAACAAUCAAGGAACCCUGUGUUUUGUUGGGAGGUGGCUGUACUGAAACUCACUUGGCAGCAUAUAUCAGACACAAGACCUUUAAUGACCCAGAAAGCAUUCUGAAAGAUGGUGGGUGUACUCAAACAGAACUUCGACUAAUUACUGAAGCAUUUUGCAGUGCGCUGGAAUCUCUCACUGGCUCUUUAGAACAUGAUGGAGGUGAAAUUCUCACUGACAUGAAGUAUGGACACUUUUGGUCAGUUCAGGCAGAUUCUCCCUCUGUUGCUAACUGGCCAGAUUUGCUUUCAAAAUGCGGCUGCGGACUGCACAGCAGCCGGGAAGAACUCAGCUGGUCUUUCUUAAGGAGCGCUCGGCAGCCCUUUGCACCACAACCGUGCUAUCCACGUGAAGCUCCAGGCUCAGCCGACAGCCUGACCUUGGACUGUUUCACUGCUAAGCUUAGUGGCCUACAGGUGGCUGUGGAGACAGCCAAUUUGAUUUUGGAUCUUUCAUACGUUAUUGAAGAUAAAAACUGAUAGAAGGGAAUGGCAUGUUUAUAUUACAAAAAAAAACCCCAAACUAGUCAGGUGUUAAUUAAGAAAUAUUGAAUGUAUUUGUUCUCUUUGCAUUUUUGGAUAAAUGAUUCACAAAAUUAUAGGUUUACUUAUAUAAGGAAAAAAGGUAGGAUUCUUGAAUACAAAUACCAUACAAUAAUAAAAAUGUGAAGCAUUUUUAAAGAUACUGCAGUUAUCGUAAGGAUUCCAGUUAUCUUAAGGUACCACUGUAUGCUGCUCUAAAUUUUUGCUGUUGUUCUUUUGACAUCAUUCUAAGAACAUAAAUAAAAAAAUACCUAAUCUAUCCUAA